GUUAAAAUAAAAAUGAAUCUUAAAUACAAUUACUUCAUCUUUGCCUGUGUAACAUGGCAGUUCACCGUCGUCUCAUCAGCGGAUCAUCUGCUGGAAGGUAUUUACUGUGGAAAGGAAAAUUGUUACGAAGUUCUCGGUGUUACAAGAGAAGCUACUAAAAAUGAGAUUGCUAAAAGCUAUAGACAGCUGGCCAAAAAAUUUCACCCUGAUUUACACAGAACACCCGAAACUAAAAAGGAGGCCGAAGAAAAGUUUAAAGAAAUAGCCACUGCGUACGAGAUCUUGCGCGAUGAUGAAGAAAGAUCUGACUAUGAUUACAUGUUGGACAACCCGCAGGAGUACUACGCUCACUACUACAGGUAUUACCGACGCCGUAUGGCACCGAAAGUCGACGUCAGAAUCGUGAUCGCCGUGACUAUAACCAUUAUAUCAAUCAUUCAGUACUACAGCGCGUGGUCCAAGUACGAUACCGCUAUUAAAUAUUUUAUGACAGUGCCAAAGUAUAGAAAUAAGGCUCUAGAAUUAGCAAAAACUGAAAUGAAAGAAGUUCAAUCAAAAAGUAAAGGCCCAAAGAAAUCAAAAGCUGAACAGAAAGUGGAACAAGAUAGACUUAUUAGGAAGGUGAUUGAGGAGAAAAUGGACAUCAAGGGAUCUUAUGCUAAGCCAGAGAUAGUAGACAUUCUGUGGGUACAACUCAUUAUCUUACCAUACACUGUUGCCUACUAUAUUUAUUGGUAUUUAAGGUGGUUCUGGAAUUUCACAUUAAUGAAGCGUCCAUAUGGUGAGGAGGAAAAGCUGUACUUAAUUAGAAAGUACAUGAAGCUUGGGCAGCAUCAGUUCAAUGCUAUAGAAGAUUCAGAGAAACAAGAGUUCUUAGAUGAAGAGCUCUGGAUAAAAGAAAACUUUAAAGUUUGGAAAGAAAUAAAAGAUGAGGAAGCUAAGAAAGCUUUAGCAGAGAAUAAUAAAUACAAACAGUACAGAAGGUACAUCAAACAACAUGGAGUUGGCAGAAUGACGUUUGAUGACUCAUAGCCGUGUGAUAGUGGAAAUACUUAUUUAAUAU